UCUGAAACUGCAGAAAAACAGGAAAUUCUAUAGAGGGCACUACAUCUUUGUCUCAAAGUCAAAACAGCAGGAAACAGUUUAGAGAGAAAAAAAACUAAUCGAGAAAGCACACUGAGGAUCACUUGUUUCACAAAACUUCUUUACCUGUUCAGAGCAAACUAACGCUGAACAAGGAGAGCAGAGAGAGAGCAGGGAGACUGCGACACUGAAACAGACGCCUGCAAAAAGAAAAAUCAGGAAAUCAAAGUGAAACUUCACUCAGAGACAAAAUGGCUUCCAGAUCAGAGGAGGAUCUCUGCUGUCCGGUCUGUCAGGACGUCUUUAUGGAUCCGGUUGUUCUGUCAUGUAGCCACAGCUUCUGUAAGGAAUGUCUGAAGAACUGGUGGAGAGAGAAACCAGCAAGAGAGUGUCCAGUUUGUAAGACCAUAUCAUUCACCAAAGAUCCUCCAGUUAGUCUGACUCUGAAGAGACUCUGUGAAUUAUUCCUACAACAGAGAAACCAAAAUGUUUCAGAAAGUCUCUGCAGUCUGCACUCUGAGAAACUCAAACUCUUCUGUCUGGACCACCUGGAAUCAAUUUGCUCCAUCUGUAGAGAUUCAAAAAAACACACCGACCACAGAUUCAGACCCAUCGAUGAAGCUGCUCAGGAUCACAGAGAGAAUCUGGAAACAUUUCUGGAGCCUUUAAAGAAGAAACUGAAGCUGAAGAAGGAAGUUAAAGAAAAGUUUGAUCAGACAGCAGAACACAUGAAGGUCCAGGCCCGACACACAGAGAGGCAGAUUGUUGAGCAGUUUAAGAAGCUUCAUCAGUUUCUAGCAGAGGAAGAGGAGGCCAGGCUGGCUGCACUGAGGGAGGAAGAGGACCAGAAGAGAGGGAUGAUGAAGGAGAAGAUGGAGGCUCUGAGCAGAGAGAUAGCAGCUCUUUCAGACACAGUCAGAGCCACAGAGGAGGAGCUGAGAGCUGAAGACGUCUCAUUCCUGCACAACUACAAGGCUGCAGUGGAAAGAGUCCAGCGCUGCCCCCUGCUGGAGGAUCCACAGCUGCCCUCAGGAGCUCUGAUAGACCAGGCCAAACAUCUGGGCAACCUGGCCUUCAACAUCUGGAGCAACAUGAAGAACAUGGUGACCUACACUCCUCUGGUUCUGGACCCAAACACGGCUGGGUCAAGACUCUUCCUGUCUGAAGAUCUGACCAGUUGGACAGUAGGAGAGAUGCAGCAGCUUCCUUAUAAUCCAGAGAGGUUCAAGACAUGCCGUUCUGUUCUGAGCUCUGAGGGUUUUAACUCAGGGAACCACAGCUGGGAUGUUGAUGUUGGACACAGUGAAGACUGGAUGCUUGGUGUGUUUGCAGAAUCUGUCCAGAGGAAGGGAGACAUAGAGUCUGGAUUGUUGGUUUUAGGGUUCAGUAAAGGUAAACACUCAGCAUGUUCUCCAUCAGCUGCUUUCACAUUUCUCUCAGUCCAGAAGAAACUCCAGAGGAUCGGAGUGAAUCUGGACUGGGACGGAGGGAAGCUGUCGUUCUCUGAUCUGGACACUAACACACACAUACACACCUUCACACACACCUUCACUGAAAAGAUGUUUCCAUUCUUCAACACUCAUGAUAAAAUAAAAAUCAUGCCAAUGAAGAUCUCUGUGGUCAAACAGCAGCUCUGAUCUUCUCAGCAUGAAGAACACAAGGUCUAAAUGAAACCAUAUUUAUCAAAUCACAAAUCACAUGACAGGUUUUCAUGUUUACUUGAGGAACAUCUCAACAGAUUGCUAGUUGGAUGAAACCAUUUAGUUUCUGAUUAGCACCAAUAACUCUCAGCGUUUCUGUCUGACUUCAUGUCUGCUGCUCCACAACAUGGAAACAUUCUGGGUUUAGUUUCUGUUACAUAAUCUUUUUGUUCAUAUGAGGUGAGAAGGACUUUGUUAAAAGGUAGAAACUUUUCUUCAUGAGACUGGAAGUUGGUUUCAAGUGUGAAAAUAAAAAGUAAACUGUU